AUGUUCAACAUUAAAGUCUUAGUCACGAAGUCCGACACUACGGCAGGCUUUGCAACCUGAACUUUACAAUUGUUUCUUCCGACGUGUCGUGGAGUAAACGACCCUGAGGCGUCAUAUAAAGCUGACAUGCAUACCUGACUUUGUUCUCACAGCGUUCCUCAAUGGCAUCACCAGAAUCCCCUUUCAAAAUAUCCACCCCGGAUGAAAAGCUACAGCUCCUUCAACAAAAGCUUGCGUUAGUUACGUUCCCAGAUGAACUUGACGACUCCGGAACGAAAUAUGGUGCGCCGCUGAAAGACAUCCAGCGUUUGGUGGCUCGGUGGAAAGACGGCUUCGACUGGCGGGCUCAAGAAGCCGCUCUCAACGCGGAGCUCCCACAGUUCACUCGUGACAUCGAGGUGGAGGGUUUCGGGGUGUUGAACAUUCACUAUGUGCAUAAGAAGAGCGAGGUUGAAGGGGCCAUACCGCUGCUCUUCGUUCAUGGGUGGCCAGGAAGCUUCAUCGAAGUACGAAAGAUUCUCCCAUUGCUGACGGCAGCAUCGCCAGAACAUCCGAGUUUCCAUGUCGUCGCGCUGAGCUUGCCCGGGUAUGGAUUCUCAGAGGCUAGCAAAAAACAGAACUUUAGGCUUGCGCAGUACGCUGAGGUCGCUAACAAGCUCAUGCUAGCUCUUGGUUAUAACGAGUAUGUCACACAGGGAGGCGAUUGGGGAGCUUUUAUCACGCGAACGAUUGCUCACGUCUAUGGCGAUAAACAUAGCAAGGCUUGGCAUUCCAAUAUGCCUUGGCCAUGGUCUCGUCCACCGACCAUUCGUCACCCCCUACUUUAUCUUCGAUACCUCCUUACCCCAUACACAGCAGUAGAGAAAGCAGGCUUGGAACGCGCUCAGUGGUUCCUCGCGAAAGGAAGGGGUUACUCAGCGGAACAAUCUACGCAGCCUCAAACACUGGGAUAUUCACUCGCCGAUUCCCCAGUCGGUCUCCUUGCGUGGAUAUUUGAAAAGUUGGUGAACUGGACAGACGAGUACCCUUGGGAUGAUGACGAAGUCCUGACGUGGGUCUCCAUCUACUGGUUCUCUAGAUCAGGUGCUACAGCGUCUAUCCGUAUAUACUACGAAGCCUUCGAAGGCCCGACCGACAUCGCGACAACAGGAGAAAAACCUGCUAUUCCGCAUGGGAUAUCAUACUUCCCAAAGGAACUUCAAGGCGUUCCUCGUCUCUGGAACCGUGUCAAUGGCAAUAUCGUUUUCGAAUCUGAACAUCCUGGUGGAGGACAUUUCGCCGCUCACGAAAAGCCUCAGGAGUUAGUCGAUGGUGUGAGGAAGAUGUUUGCGAAGGGAGGGCCUGCCUUUGGGGUCAUUCCCGGGAAGACGGGUUAUAGGUGAGAUAGGAAAGAGAUGUUUUUUCGUAUCUAGGUGUUGAGCAUUGAAUAUUAACGUUGCAAGUCCUGAAUAUCGGCUUACUGGGGCAAAGCUAUAGGUCGGGAUCGGAGAUCUUGGAAUAAACGCUCUUUCAUAAUCGAAGUAUUGUUUCUUGUAACCUUCUGGCAGAGUCUACCAGCAUCACCGGGCUUAUGGGUUGCUAAACGAUCCUUUGCUGAGCGAUGAAUGUAGUAUUUCGUGGCAUGCUGAUAUUUCUUCCUGUCAGUGCACUGUCACGGUGAGAGUCAAUUCACGUGUAAUCCGUUACGCGACGCGUCGUCUCAGGAGUCAGAACGAACUACGCGUGUGAACAAAGAACGUUUAUACUUGUAUACGUUCAUCGCCCUACGAUUCAUGGUGAUUAGACGUAGUCACGAUGGCCGUGUAGGACGAAAUUCACAAAGAACCUUCACAUAUGAGGUACUGUCCCG